GUUAUAUGUGGCUUAGGAAGUCGGUUGUUACCGGGCUUGAAUAGCUGGUAUUAUUGAUGUGCUGACCACCUUGUUCUACCUACUUGUCAACCAUCAACCAUCUUGUUCUACCCAUCAAUCACCUUGCUAGGCUCUGUACGACAAUAAGCCUCCCAACCUAUUCCUUUCGCGCAGCGAUAAAUAUGCGAUCGGCUGAGCAGGCUUGCGUAUAAUAAAACCGAGGGAGAUUAUUCUUCUGAUCAUCAACUUACUUUUUUUCAUCAUCGCCUCAAGUUAAUUACCUACCCAAAUUACGAGGCAAGAAUAUCGAAAUUCGGGUUGCCCGCGAUGGUACUUAAAAAGAAAGAAGUAUAUACGGUAAUAACACCCAUUCCUAGCUUUAUACCCCGCCAGCUAGCAAUCGACAUUCUCCACAGCCACGGCGAAGUCAUAACGCUGAAUCCCCUCGUACUCGAGUACAAACAAAUCAAGGCACCUCGCGAUGCCGUGUCCGAUGAAUUUUUCUCAACGUGGUAUGAAAUACACGAGCGAAUUCAAUACGUCCCUGGCAUAGGAAGAUUUGGGUCUGGGAAGAUCACGUUUAACGGUUGCUUUCACGAUCUCCCAUGGGGUCUACAAACGCACAUUUACGCGCCGAUGGGUGUCGACCUCCGAAACAAGUAUCGCAUUGGAGGAAACCAACCCGGUGUUGAGCCUCCGGAACAUCAAGAGAUUGGACUUGCUGCGCUCGGUGCACCAACCAAUGGACUUUACCUGAGAGAGGACAUCGAAAUACGAUGUAAUAUUACUAUGGUCGGUAUAGUAAAGGCGCAGAUGAAAACGGCCAGUAAAGAAAUGAUACAGAGAAUCAUUAAAAAGGCAGAAUUACUUGAUGCCGGAAUAUUACAAGGAAUGAUCGAGGACGGGAAGAUUAGAACGUUCAAUCCUAAUAAUAGUACUUACACUGGUGGACUGAGUGUAGGCGCAGGGAUGAAAUCACCACCACUAUCACCAGCAAGCCCAUAUCAUCCGCCACCAAUGUCGCCAUCAAUACCAUACCAAGUCCCAAGGCCGAUAUCACUACAGCAGGGAAGUCGACCAGGAACAGCAAAUUCAAUGAGCUACCCAGCGCAUUGGCAGGCUCAAUUCCAGCAAAUCGAUUCGAACGCCAUUAUGGAAUUACCCGGUGAUUUCCACCAUCCGCAGUCAUCACCACACUUACAACCGCCUUACUCGUCACCAACAUACCCGCAGCAAGGCCGGAAUUCCCCAUCUUCGGUGCAAUCCCACUCUCCUGAGCUCAAAUCUUGGGGGUGGUCUCAAGGCCAACCGAGUCCGUCCCUCCUGAGCUCCCGGCCUACCUCGUACUCUUCGGAUACGGGCAGUGCCGGUUUCGCGUCUCCCGGGCUAGAUCACAAGGGAUUCGCAGCUGAAUUACCAACUCAUCAGGAGACCACGGAGGAGCAUCGCCACCAGGGCGCAUAUAAUAAUGACCCGCAACCGAAUCGGGGCUAUGCGUAUAACCCGGCAGAUUAUGCGCAAGUUCGGCACUAGAUGAGGGAAGAGUACGGAAAAGGAACGGGUUGUUAGACAGGACUGGCUGUUGUAUCAUUUCGGGUUAGGUCUGGCGGUAUUAUGAUUCCCUCUAUUUCUAGGACAGGCCGUUUGGCGUUAUCCGUAUGAAAGAUUCCUCAAACAUGAGGAAUUCUAAGUUGGCGACGGGUUUACGGGUUUACCACGCCUUGAGUGCGAAGCUGAUUACACGAGGAAAAUCUGUCUCUAUUGACAUUCUGCUACGUUCAUAGCCUCCGUCUAAUAUACGUGAUUGAUUCUUUUGGAUUGGAAGGCUUAUUUAUAAGUGACUGAUACGUAUGUAUGUUAGGUAGGUAGAUCUUGCAUUUUGAAGUUGCAGCUAGGAGGUUAGGUACCUAGGUAUGUACCUCUAUAUAUGAGGUAACCCAUGGAAAUUAGUGUAGAAGUACAACAGUACUUAGUGGGGUACCGCCCGGCAGAAAUACUUCACCGCCUGGCAGAAUAAUGUUUCUUUGGGGAACUUU